UUGCCUACAAAAAUUGUGAUCAUUGGUGCUGGCCCAAGUGGCCUGACUCUUACCAGUUGUCUCCAUGUCAACGGCAUAACGAGCACCAUUUUCGAACGAGAUCCCUCUCCGCAUAGUCGAUCAAUAUGGGGUGGUAGCCUCGAUCUACAUCACGGCUCGGGUCAAAAAGCUAUUCGCUAUGGGCAGCUCCGGGACGGGUUUAUGAAGCAUGCACGCCAUGAAUCGCAGGAUCCUACUGUCAGUGAUAGUGCCGGAACCAAGUACCGUGUUAUUAAGGGAGUCGACUUCGGCAGACCCGAGAUCGACAGGCCUGUCUUGUGCAAGUUACAUUUAGACUCCAUUCCACCAGACUACUUUCGUUGGGGCUAA